GGGCCGGGCCGCAGCAUGGCGGCGGGCGGCGGGUAGGGAGCCGGGCGGCCAUGGGGCGGGCGGGCUGGGCCCGCUCGCAGCCCUGCGCCCUGGCGCUGGCGGCCGCCCUGGCCGUGUGCGCCUUCUACUACCUGGGCGGCGGCGGCGAGACCUUCUCCACCGCCACCCGCCGGCUCCGAGCCACCCCGCCGGGCCCUGCCCGCCGCGGCCGAGCCCUGCACCUCCUGGUGCUGUUCACCAAGGCGGAGCGCAGCCCCGCGCUGCGGGACAAGGCCCGCGCCGCCCUGCGCUCCCUGCUGCGCCACGGGCGGCUGGGCCGCGGGGACGCCCUGCACCUCCACCUCGUCACCGACGGCGCCAGCAGGGACAUCGGCGAGGGCCUGCUGCGGGACGCGCUGAGCCGCGCCGCCUUCCCGCACCAGGUGAUAACCCACGAUGUGAACGAGCUGACCGAAAAGCUGUUUCCGAUAGUCGAAGCCAUGCAGAAGCACUUCAGUGCUGGAACAGGGACCUACUACAGCGACUCAAUCUUCUUCUUGUCAGUCGCAAUGCAUCGGAUCAUGCCCCCAGAAAUAACGCAGAUCAUCCAGGUAGACUUGGACCUGAAGUACAAGACCAACAUCCGAGACCUGUUUGAGGAGUUCGACAACUUCAAGGAAGGAGCUGUCAUCGGGAUUGCGAGGGAAAUGCAGCCGGUGUACAGGCACACGUUCUGGCAGUACCGCCGCGAGAACCCCCACACCAAGGUGGGGGAGCCCCCUCCCGACGGGCUGCCUGGCUUCAACAGCGGCGUCCUGCUCCUCAACCUGGAGGCCAUGAGGCGCUCCAAGCUCUACAACCAGCUGCUGGAGCCCACCACGGUGCAGAAGCUCACCGAGAAGUACCGCUUCAAGGGCCACCUUGGGGACCAGGAUUUCUUCACCAUGGUGGGGAUGGAGCACCCAGAGCUCUUCCACGUGCUCGACUGCACCUGGAACCGGCAGCUUUGCACGUGGUGGAAGGACCACGGGUACAGCGACGUCUUUGACCAGUACUUUCGGUGCGAUGGUGAGGUCAAAAUUUACCACGGGAACUGCAACACCCCGAUCCCUGAAGACUAGGGCACUGAUUCCUCCAGGAGCAGCUCUGACUGCAGCAGUGCUGGAAAGCUGCACAGAGCUGCAGUGACUGCACCCAUCCCUCCAGAAGGGUGGCCAGCCCUGAUCUGUUGUAUCCCAGGGAGAUCCCUGAGCCCUGGGGAUCCCAAGAGGGUUCAGUUUUCCACUGCCUGUAGUCUCACCCCUCCAGGAGAGCGCAGUCCAGCAGUUACAGCAGGACGUUCACAGUGGAGGUGCGUGGGCUCAGCUCCUGGCUCUCCCAUGGUUCACCUUAGGUCUCGGGGCACGUGCACGGUGCUGUCUGUGCCACAGCUACCGGGCGUAGGGACAGCUGAGGGGCUGGCUCCGUGGGUGCUGUGCAGCAUCGUGCUGUCUGACAGCGACAUUUCAGAGCCAGGCAGUUGGGUUUUGUUUUGGCAUUCCUUGGUGGCCCGUUUUGCACCUCAUGCAGAGCAUCAGUCUGGUCCGUCUCGAGAGCAGACGCUGUCCUCAGGUCAUCUUCCUUUUGAGCAUUCCACAAAGGGUUUUAAGGACUGAAAAGCUGCUUUAAAUUCGGGUUACUUGUGAACAAAAAUUGAAUGCUAGAUGAGCUUUAAAGCCUUCCUCUGGUUCUCCUUAGCAAUAAAAGCUUUACUGCUAUACCUUGUCUUAAAAGCAUUCAGUGAGCGUGUACAAAUUGGUUCAUUUUUCUAGCUUUGCCUUUAACCUUUUGUACUAUAAUAAAGCUGCAAACGCAAAACCCA